AUGAAUUGUUGGUCCCCUAGAAUGCUGUUCUCUUGUAGUAAAUCAAUCCAGUUCUCGUUUACAAACCCAACUCAGCUCAUUUCUUUGAAAGUUCUAUCGAAAGGGUUUUCAAACAAACGAUUCGCUCAUUCAGGGUUGUAUAAUGUGGAAACUGGAAAAACAAUCAGGAUCCUUCAAGAUCGAGUACCCCUCUUGCCCCAAAAAGCUCUUCCGGAUGAAGUAUUAAGUCGAAACAUUGAAUUAAAUUUGUUUCCCUAUCACUUGAACCUUCCAAAAAUUGAAGGUCUGGUGAUUUACAGACUUGUUUUCAAAACCGCCCGAAUACUUCUAGCUUCCGCAUACAGCGAUGGCGUUAAAAAGACAAUUGACAUAGAAAGCCAGGUUCAUACACCUCUUUCACCAAAGUCUACUCGGUAUACAAUGAAAUGUCACUGGAUUGCAUCUUACUCGGAUGAGUACAAUUGCAUCUUCCACUUUGAUAUAAACUCGAAAGGACUUAUAUAUAGACACAUUAUUGAAAAUUUAGAAAGAAAGAAAGCGGGACAUAUUGCAAGAAUUCCAGCGUUGGAGCCAGGCACUUUUGAGUAG